GAGAGAGAGAGAACAAGAGCGUCUGAUGUGUGUGCUUUCUCUGCUGACCCCCCUCGGCAUGCCAAUGCCAAGAGACGACGAGGGUUCGCAAUAAUAUCUAUUUUCUGCUGACGAUAUCAAGCCAUAGGCACGAAACCCGGCUUACAUGACCCUAGCAGCGACUUCAAUACCCAGGAUGCAAACCACUGCGGGCCACAGGUAGUCAUGUGCUGAUCAGCAUGCCAGGCCGAGAUCUGGCGCUUCCCACGGAGCCCUGGCUCCCCCAUCACCUCAACUGCCCCAGGAGGGCGCUGCGGAGGACACACCCACCGCAGUGGAGCAAGAAGCCUCCAACAAGCCUUCCGGCCAGGAACUGCUGCCAUUGUGCGAUGUCCUCUUCAACAUCAUCUCCAUGGCGUCGUACUUCUGUGACAUCGUCUUCGACGUCAUGGUGGCGUACACGCUGUUGGUCGUGCGCCAGCAGUUGCUCUGGUUCUCCAUUGCCCUCACGAGCAUCCUGGGGUCACUCUUGGUCAGCCAGGGACUCUCCCUCCACUGGUACCUCCAGCGCGGCGCGAAGACCAAGGCACGCCGAGGCGGUGUGUUAUUGCUUCACGCCUUUCAAGCGGGCGUGCUGUGGCGCUACUUCAAGCUGCUCCUGCCGGUACAUCUAAGCCGUGUCAAACAGGAGGUGGCAGACCUGUGUCUGCUACGUCUCGUCCAUGGCUUUGGUGAAGCCGCACCGAUGCUGCUGCUGCAGCUGCAUCUAGCCUGGGCACAGCCAGUACCAAGCAUGGUAGCCCCUCUUGACCGAGUCUCCGCACUGCUCUCUCUAUUCAGUGUCUGUUGGGCCCUGGCCUCCUUUAGCAGAAACAUCCGUCGCCAGCAGCUUCACCGGCUCGUCCUCACGUGGCUAGGCGUGGUUUGCCAGUUGGCUUGGCGGCUGGGAACAGUGUCUGCCAGAGCUUGCGCCCUAAUCCUUUACGCUUCGCUUUAUGGCCGCUGGGUGUUGGUGGUGCUGCUUUUACACUGGCUCGCCAUGCUGGUUUGGCUGGCGUCUCCACCCCCACGGCUAUUCCGCGGAGAUGCACCUGGCCGCCGGCUCGCUUACUGGGCCCUGCUAGCUUACGUGCACACCAUCUGUUACGUCAAUCUGAGACCCAACCCUGGACGACAGGGUAGGGCGCGCUGCGCUGCUUUUUACACGGCCAUGUUUCUAGAGAACAGUCUUCUGACAGCCGUUUGGCUCGCGUUGAAGCCGGGCCCGCACUGGGGCCAGGACCUGGUGCUGUUUGUCGUGUGGGGAGGGUUCUUCCUUGGGCUAGGCUUCAUGCUUCUUUACUACCGAUGGUGUCACGUGCGGAGGCUCGUGCCUCCACCACGAGCACCUGCUCCGGCAGCUCCAACAGGAGUGUUCAACUGCCGGUUGAAUCCGGCGGCACUCAAGAGGAAGCGCAAGAAGCCGUCGUCAUUUGUUCCGCCUGCGCAGCCUUUCUGGAAGCGUGCUCCAGUCGGCAGCAAUGUGGUGCCAGCAGUCGACAUACAGCAAAAGCUCCAAGAGAAGCGGCGUCAGCAACUUCAAGACCUUCUAGCCAUUGAAGAGGAGAUGAAGCAAGGAAAGCUUCCUCCAAGGGGAACACUACAGAUGCAGGGUCCCACACCGCGGCAACCAAUUCCACGCUCCAAAAAGCAGCCAUGGCUCCGCAGCCCCCCACAGUUCUGCUAUCGGUCACUGCUCGGUGGCUCCCCCGAGAUCCUGUUGUGCCCACAGCGCCUCGAUCCAGGGCGAGGUGUUGGCAGCCUUCGUGUACCACCCCAGCCACGAGAAGUCCGAUGGACCCAGAGACCGUUCACGUUCCGCGAGAGCAAUUCGAGUGAUGGUGAUGUGGACUCUGCGGAUGAGGAUGCGUCUGCACGGUUCCGCGCAUGCCGAACAUUCCUAGGGCGUCCACACGGACCCGAGACUCAGCUGUGACCACCUUUCUUUGGUGGUGAGAGCAUCCACUGCCCUAUGUGUUUUUUUGGCAUGUGGAACAUAGUGUGAAUAUUUAUUACCCAGGGUAUAUUUUUGUGCAACUACUCCUUACAUCCUGUGCCACACAAAAAAAUAAGUAAAUAAAAAUUGAAGCCACUGCAUCAACACCGUGCAGUUAUCCUGUAUCUAAAGAUUGUGCCUUCUCUUCUGUUUUAUACACGGGUAUGCAAGUAUUUGCAAAUUUUCAAUAUUGUGUCAAGAAGUGUCCUGUACAGUUUGAAGACAAAUCGAAUGGCCGCUAUUUGUAAAUGCAAACACCUUUCCAGUAGUUCAUGAAUGCUUCAGAAUGUCAAGUGCAUCUAAGAAAAAGCUAAAUUGGUGGAAGGUACUAUAAAAUUAUAUCUUUGUGGGCAUAGUAUACGUAGACAUAAGACGUGAGAACAUACAUAGUGCAGCUAGCUACAUUGCUUAGGUAAACAUCCUUUACUGGCUAUACAACAAUUGUUCAUGCUUAUUUGCAUAGUUCUGUGCAUUUGAAAAGUCACCUUAUUUGUUCCUGAUGGUUCAUUUGUGCUAAACAAAUUGAAGCAGUGCAAUACUCAAAACUGAAAAAGAAUGGAAGAAGGAGAGGAAAGAAAGAGGUGCAUUUGUACACUUAGUGCUAAAAUUGUGAUUAUUGGGGUGUGCACGUAAUAUUAUACUAGUUAUUGUAAAAAUAGCUGUUCAAGUACACAAAUUAUUC